CCUGCCUGUGGUUUGUGGUGCCUGGAAAGAAAGAUGUCUCUGCCCGCUGAGCCGUUGACGUGCGUCUCGCCCGUAGACGGGCGUUACGCGUCCAAAACAGCGGAUCUGCGCCCAUACUUUAGUGAGUAUGGCCUCAUGCGCAACCGAGUCCGGGUCGAAGUGGCCUGGCUUCGCUUCCUGGCUGGCAUCCCAGAGAUCACUGAGGUUGAACUGAGCGCCGAAGCACUGCAAGAACUGCAGGCCGUUGCAGACAACUUUAGUCUCUCCGACGCCCAGGCCAUCAAGGACAUCGAGGCCACCACUCGUCACGAUGUCAAAGCCAUUGAGUACUUUUUGAAACAAGCUACCGAGGGCAACAGCGAGCUGCGCGCGGUGAGCGAGUUUAUUCACUUUGCCGCCACGUCGGAGGACAUCAACAACCUCAGCUGGGCCCUGUGCCUCAAGGACUUUCGCACUGAGGUGCUUCUACCUUCCAUGCGCGAAGUCAUCACGGCCAUUGGUGCCUUGGCUGAGGAGCUCGCGGAGGUGGCCAUGAUGUCCCGCACCCACGGCCAACCGGCCACGCCCUCCACCAUGGGCAAGGAGCUGGCCAACUUUGCCUACCGCCUCAAGCUCCAGUAUGAUCAGCUGGCCGCCGUCGAGAUUCGCGGCAAGAAAAACGGUGCUGUCGGCAACUACAACGCUCACAUCAGUGCCUACCCACACUUGCGAUGGGGGGACCUCGGUCGCCAAUUUGUUGAGGGUCUCGGCCUGGUGCACAACCCUUACACCACACAGAUUGAACCCCAUGACUUUGUUGCCGAGUACUUUCAUGCUGUGACACGCUUCAACACGAUCCUUUUGGAUCUGGACCGAGACAUGUGGUCUUACGUCUCACUGCGCUUCUUCCGUCAGCGCAAAUUGGCUGGUGAGGUGGGAUCCUCCACCAUGCCUCACAAGGUCAAUCCGAUUGACUUUGAAAACUCCGAGGGGAACCUUGGCCUGGCCAACGCCGUGAUGGAGUUUUUGGCUCGCAAGCUGCCCGUGUCGCGCUGGCAGCGUGAUCUCACUGACUCCACCGUUCUCCGUAAUAUGGGAGUCGGCCUGGCUCACUCCAUGAUCGGCUACAAGUCGACCCUGCAUGGCUUGAAAAAAGUGGAUGUCGACACGGCUGUCAUCGCCGCCGAUCUGGCCGCCCACUGGGAGCUCUUGGCAGAGCCCAUCCAGACCGUCAUGCGCCGCUAUGGCGUGGCCAACCCCUACGAGAAGUUGAAGGAGUUCACUCAGGGCAAGCAAGUGGACCAGUCCACCAUGGCCUCGUUCAUCGACAGCAUUCGUGCUGACCUGCCGGCAGAAGAGGUGGAGCGUCUUCUGGCGCUCACGCCCGCCACAUACAUAGGCAAUGCCGCUGAGCAAACCCGCCAGUUGGCGCAGUACCUCAAGUUUGACUGAGGGAGAGGCCGUCAGGAUCGGCUUCCCGACUUGAGUCGCCCUUGACUCCCGCUAUUGCUAGGUUGUUAUCGUGUCAUUUCUCUUUCCGGAUUUCUUGCUGCCCACGCGCUCAUCGCCAGGUGGUCUUUCUUGUUCAAUCCCUUGGCCCACUCUCCCUGGUUGUCAUCCGAGGAAAGCGUCUAAAAUUGAUGUUUGCAUUGU